AUGUUUUGUGUAGAGCUUGAGUAAAAUUAUUUUGUUGUGUGGUGCACGUUGUUUUAUUUGCUAUGGCAUGCACCAUAACAUUUAAUAGUGACUCCACUGGAAGUUUCUACGCUGGUGAUAUUGUGACUGGAACAGUUAUUUUGGAACUGAAGAAUGACCAGAAAUUUCAAAGUAUCGAUUUAAAAGUGAAGGGAACUUGCAAGGCUCAAUGGACGAGGCCAAUGCCAACUAUGCCGUACAUCAAGAAUUAUUCAGAAAAACAAAAACUUAUUAAUUUAACAAUUCAAGAUAUUUUCAGGGAAUUUUAUGUUGAUGGCGCGUUACCGGCCGGCAUUCACCAAUAUCCGUUCCAUUUCUCACUGCCGGCAGAUUUGCCGUCGACUUUUGAAAGUUCCAUUGCCAAGGUUAAUUAUACAGUUACAAUAAAAAGUAAACCUGCUUACAAACUCAGAAAAGUAGCAUCAUUCAACGUUUUAGGAAACAUCAACUUAAAUCAUGUGGAGAAAAUGUUGGAGCCGUCUUUCAGCGAAUUCCACAAGAAGUUUCGGAAUUCAGGAAAAUUCACAAUUUGUGUGAAAACAUACAAGGCUUUUGCACCAAAACAGAUCAUUCCUUUCGAAAUAACACUUGUGAAUGAAAAAAAAGUUAAAAUACGAAAAAUAAACAUCAUAUUAAUGCAGAAAAUACGAUAUGAAGUGGAGUCGGGUUACGCCGAGGAAGAAAAGGAAAUGGGCAAAACGGAUUAUAAGAAAUUUUCUUUGAACAUAGCUGAAUUAUGUUUUUUUAACAUGGAGAUCCCUCAAGUUAUACCUUCUAGCUUAAAUGUAGUAGACCCUAUGAUAGACAUUUCAUAUGCUUUUCGGGUUCAAGUGAUAUUUCCUUUCCAUUUCACUUUACAAGAAGACAUACCAGUCACCGUGACCACGGCACCAGUUAUUCAUUACGAAUUUUAAUUUUAACUCAAAAAGGGGGCCAUCAAUACGUUUAUGUAAUGUUUUAUGUGUUCUGGAAUAAGUAUUAACUUGUGGUGAUAUGAUGCAAUUUAACACAUCUAGUUAGGCAGUUUUACAGAAAAUUAAUAGAUAUGAAAAUAAAAAGUGCCCUGUUUAGUUUAAGUUUAUCUCUUGUAAAUACAGAUGAUGUAUUAUAUAAAU